CUCAGACACUGCUUCUCUUGCCAAUUUCUCAUUCUUUGCUGUUCUCUAUACUUUUCUUCUAUUCUUUUUUUGUACCAUUGUGCUCCUUCCUUGUUUCCCUUCCUCUGCCUAUUUCCCAAUAUCUUUCUCAGACUCUCAGUGACAACACACACAACCACACAAGUCACAACAAAGGUUGGAAAGAGGUAACAUCAAUGGCUACCAACAAGUUUGCAACCAUGUUGCAUAGAAACACCAACAAAGUGGUUGUAAUUCUAGUGUAUGCAGUUCUAGAAUGGGUCUUGAUUGCACUUCUUCUUCUCAACUCUUUGUUCAGUUAUCUCAUCACAAAAUUUGCCAAAUGGGUUGGUCUCCAACCACCAUGUCUUUGGUGUUCAAGGGUUGAUCAUGUACUGCAGUCAGAAAAGAACAAACAUUUGCACAAGGAUCUUGUGUGUGAGGCUCAUGCAGCUGAGAUUUCCAAGCUGGGUUAUUGUUCAAAUCAUCGAAGACUAGCAGAAACACAAAGCAUGUGUGAGGAUUGUUUGGCCUCUCGACCAAACCAUCAUGAAAACUCCUUUGCAAUGAGACGCAGGAUUGCUUUCAUUUCAUGGGUGAGUCGUGAAAAGCAAGAAAAUGAAGAGAACAUAAGAAGGUGCUCUUGCUGCAAUGAGAGCUUGAACAGCCAGUUUUACCCUUCUUAUUUGCUAUUGAAGCCUUCUUGGGGUGAUGAGGACUACCCAAGUAAAGGGUCACUUAUUGUAGAAGAAGCAAUAGAUGAUGAAAAAGAAGGUGAUAAAGAGCUUGAGUUUGAGAAAGAUCAUGAUGAUGAUGAAGGGGUAGCAGAUGAGCAUCAGAUACUUUCUGAUAUUGAAAGUUUUAUCCUCAGAGAGGUGGCUGAGGAUCGUUCAAGUUCUGUUUCAAACUUGCAUUCAGAUGAAAAGGAUGCAGAAAAAGAUGACAAGGAUGAUGAUCUUAUCAUCACAGAGCUGGAUCGAAGUGGUGACGACAAUUUUAUUUGUCAAUUCACUUCCACCAUGCAGGGUUCACUCUGGGAAGAUACAUCACUUGAAUUCAUCAAUAUGCACUUCGAGAAUUUUAAAGUUUGUGAUAGCCAUCGCUUGAUACCUGUCAAGUUAAUAGACUCUAUUACUGAGGAUCUUGGAGAGAGGAAGCAAAAGACCUUUGCUACUGAGGCACCAAUUGAAGCACAAUCAAUUACCUUAGAAGGGGUUGGAUCACUCACAAUUGAUAUGAAUACAGAGAAAACAAGCAUGAGAGAACUUGAAAGCUUGGCAAAAUCUAUGACUUCAGAACAGAAUUCAGUAGUUGAAGUAUAUACACAAGGGAUUACUACUGAAGGGGCUCAAACUUCGGUGAACGAUGACAACAGUGUUGAAGCAGCUGCUGAAGAACGAGAUAAUACACAAGUUGAUCUGCCUCGAUAUCUAGAACCGGUCUGCUCAAAUGAAAGCACACAAGAAGAUGAAUCUUCGUCAAGUGAUGAUGACGAUGAAGAUGAAGAUGUCUUUGACAUAUUCAUUGCUCAGAAUAAUCUAAAUAAGUCUCAAAAUUUAUCCAAAGAUGACAAAAGUGCAGAAGCUGGUAUGGAAGAUCCAGAAAAUACGCUACAAGUUACUCUGCCUCCUCCUGAAGAACCUGCCUGCUCAUGUCAAUGCAUGGCAGAAGAUGAAUCUUCUUCAUCAAGUGAUGAUGAUACUGAAGUUCAAAAUGCCUUUGAUGAAUUUAUUUCUCAGAAUAAUCUAAGAAAGUCUCAAAGGUUAUCCAAUGAUGACAAAAGUAUAGAAGCAGCUAUUGAAGAACCAGAAAAUACACAGGUUAAUCUGCCUCCAUCAGAAGACCCAGCCUGCUCAUGCCAAACCAUACCAGAAGAUCAAUCUUCAGCAAGUAAAGCAGGUACAAAUGAUCACAAGUAUGCUGAAAUGAUUGAGAAAACAAUCUCGGUUGAGAAAAAUCAUGACGAAACAAGCCAUCAACCAGCCAAGUGCUCAGAGUCAUAUGAAGUAGAAGAAGAUAAACUUCCUGAGACUCCUAGUUUUGUAGAUGGCCUGCAUGACCUGCAUAAAAGAGAAUCAGGAGCAGAUGAUUCUGUGGAUGGUAGUGUUGCAAGUGAGGUAGAAUAUGGAGAUCCAGUAUUAACAAUUGACAGGUUAAAAACAGUUUUAAAAGCCGAAAGAAAGGCUCUAAGUGCUGUAUAUCAAGAGCUAGAAGAAGAGAGAAGUGCAUCAGCAGUAGCUGCCAACCAAACAAUGGCAAUGAUUACAAGGCUGCAGGAGGAAAAGGCUGCAAUGCAGAUGGAAGCAUUGCAAUACCAGAGGAUGAUGGAAGAACAAUCCGAGUAUGAUCAGGAAGCGUUGCAACUUUUGAAUGAGUUAAUGAUGAAAAGGGAGAAAGAGAAGCAAGAACUUGAGAAGGAAUUGGAAGAGUACAGGCAGAAGGUAAUGGAAUAUGAAGCAAAAGAGAAAUUAAGCGUGCUAAGAAGAAUGAAAGAUGGAACUGUAAGAAGUAGAGACUCCUCUUCUUCUUGCAGCAAUACUGGCUACACUGAUGAGCUAUCCAUUGAUCUUAACCGCGAGGCAAAGGACGAAGAUAAUGGCUUUUUCAACCAUGAUGAAGGCAAUGACAAGAAUGCAACUGAGGAUAAAGUUUCUAAUUUGGAGGAGAUGGCAAUAGAUUGUGUAAAGCAUGUAAGUGCUCUUGAUGAUACAUUGGCAGAAUUUGAGGAAGAGAGAGCAUCCAUUCUAGAGCAACUCAAAGCAUUAGAGGAAAAGAUUAUUUCUUUGGGAGAUAAUGAGGAAUUGCUUGAUGACAUCAAAUUGAUUGAGCAUUCAUCAAUAUAUGGUGACAAAGACUUAAAUGAAAACUGCAACUUUAUCAGUCUAGAGGAGAAUGAGUAUUCUAAUGGGUUUUCAGAUGAUAAACACUCUUCAAGAAGAACAAUGGGUUCCUUGGCAAAGAAGCUACUGCCAUAUUUAGAUGCAGCUGACAAUGAGACUGAAGAAACAUUCACAUUUGAGAGACAAUUGGAAUCUGAAUCAGUUGAUAUGCAAAACUUAGAUCCUAUGCUUGAAAUGGAUAGCAUGAAGACAUCCAUUGAACAUGAGGUUGAUCGUGUUUAUGAGAGGUUACAAGCUCUUGAAACAGAUAAGGAGUUUCUUCAACACUGCAUGGGUUCCAUACAGAAUGGUGGAGAGAAAGGAGUGGAUCUGCUUCAAGAAAUCUUGCAACAUCUUCGUGAUCUUAAGGCUGUGGAACUCAGGCUUAAGAACUUGGGUAAUGAUCCACUAUAGUGAAGUUGCAUUCACCAACUAAAGACAUGUAGGCAUAAGGUCUGUAAUUAUGUACUUAUAUCAAAAUUCAUUCUAGCUCCCAUCAAUGUUUUAAAAUACUGAAAAAUUUCACUCGUUGCUAAAUGCAGAUGUUGCUUC